UCGAGUCCUACGAGGUCAAUAAAUUUUACAGCUGCCGGUUGCUUUUGUUUCAUCAAAUCGCUAAUUGUUUUUCUUAUUGUUAAAAAUACUCGGGCUGCUAAAAGUUUUCAAUAAAUCGUAAUAAAACUCCCAAUAGUUUCAUUUUUGUAGUCGUUGCUUCUUGUCUGCAGUUGUGGAGAGAAUACACAGAAUGAUGGACGGUGUAGUACACCCGCACCCAGGGGUGGUGCACGGCGGCAUGCCGGGCGUGGUGCACGGCAUGCCGCCCGUGCACGGCGCGGGCCCGGACGGGGAGCACGCGCCGCACGGGCCACGACGCCGCUACCAGAAUAGACCUAAACCGCCUAAUAAUACGGAAAGGUUGCCGUUGGAUGAAGCUGCUAAGCGAGAAAUGGAAUCUCUUCCAAUGAAGACACCAGUAUCAGUCCUGCAAGAACUACUGGCUCGGCGUGGAACAGUCCCCAAAUAUGAACUCGUCCAAAUUGAGGGCAUGAUACAUGAGCCUACAUUUAGAUACCGCGUUACUGUCGCAGAUUUAGUUGCCAUGGGCACGGGUAGAUCAAAGAAAGAAGCGAAGCACUCAGCCGCCAAGGCUCUGCUGGACAAGCUGACUGGAGCCGCACCAGCCGAUCAGCCUCCCAAUGGAAACAUACCAGAGCCCACGGUGGUGUCAUCGUUCGAGGACAAGCUGAUGGGCAACCCGGUGGGCUGGCUGCAGGAGCUGUGCAUGUCGCGCUUCUGGCCCCCGCCCUCGUACCAUGCGGAGAACGAUGAUAAUGUUAAUAGACAUAAAAAUCAAUCUUUCCCAGGCCUACCCCACGAGAGGCAGUUUACAAUCGUGUGCACUCUACUGAAGAGACGGGAAGUUGGUACGGGCAAGGCUAAGAAGCUGGCAAAGAGACAAGCCGCCUACAAGAUGUGGCAGGCACUGCAGGACAACCCGCCGGAGUCGUUCCAGCCUGAGGAAGAGGGCGGUGUCGCGGCCCGAUAUGCCGACUUGAAAGAUAGUAAAAUAUCAACGUUGACCACGAGUCACAGCCACAAGGUGUCGCAGUUUCACAAACACCUCAAACAGUCUGUCGGGCCCAACCUGGCCAAGUUGCAGGUGACACCGCUGAACAACAAAGACUUUAACUUUGUUAAGUUUUUGCAAGAGAUCGCAUCGGAGCAAUCGUUUGAAGUCACGUACGUGGAUAUUGAGGAGAAGUCAAUGACGGGUCGGUGCCAGUGUCUCGUACAAUUGUCCACUUUGCCGGUAGCCGUGUGCUACGGGUCAGGGCUCACGAGCAAGGACGCACAGUCCUCCGCAGCCCAGAACGCGCUCGAGUACCUCAAGAUUAUGACCAAAAAGUGAAAAGCCUCAACAUCUCGCGACAUCUAUAACGCCCGGUGACCGUCUAUCAAAUAUGACAGAUUUGUUAUACGUAAAACAUAUGGCCACUACACAACAUGGGCCAACUACACAAUGGGCAGCGUUGGCCCAACGUCGUCGAUGUUUGCCGCCAAUACGGCGUGAUGCGCUGAUCAUACAUUUAGAGGCUACUCUAUCGUGAUUGUCUCUAUUCGCCCAUUGCUGCCCAUUGUGAAGUUGUCCCAUUAUUCUAUUUACAUAUAAAAAAUGCGUUGUGCGUAUAGAAGCCACUCGGGGCUGGCGCGAUGUCGCGUGGAUAGAGGCCACACAACACCACUCUCGGCGCUAGCCAAAGCGCUUCGGGCUAUGCUGUAUAACUGGCACAUUUGCAGUGCUAUUAUACAAUAUUAAUAUUAAUUAAUUAACUGUUAUUGUUUAUUUAUUGUGUUUUUUUUGGACGAUAUAUUUGCAAAUACAUGGCAUAAUAAUUGAUGAGCUUUAUGUUUUGAGUCAAAAUUUAAGAGUAAAAAUUUUACUUUUUGGACACGAAACGUUUUUGUGAUUGGAGUUUAUUCGUAAUAGAUGUGUAUUUUGGAAGCUGUCGUAGUGAAUACAUAAUAUAUCAAUUCCUAUAUUCCUACACUAGAUAGUUUCCAUGUUUCUCGCAAGUUUUUCUUUUUUUUUUUUACAAUUUACCAUUUUUAUGUUUUUGAACAAAAGUCCAUGUAUAUCGGACAAAGUUCAUGGAUUCUAUGAGAUUUAUUUUGUUGUGUGUAAAGAAAAAUGUGAUAGAUUUUUUUUUGUCUCCAACUCGACUGCGAAUGUGCGAGAGUACACAGCAUAGCCCGUAAACUUAAGGAAACAAAGUAUGGAGUGGUCAUAUAAUAAAUACAAGCUAUACUUUGCAUAGAAUUAGUGUAAUUUUCCCAGCGUGGAAAUUACUUAAAAAAAAAAAUAAAAAAAUGAAAAAAAAAAAAUAAAAUGAUAUAAAAAAUAACAAAAAAGUGUGUAUUAUAACUUUCCAGUUUAAUAUUCAGCAUAAUUUAGGCAUGUUUUGCAUUAAUAUUGAAUUGAAAUCAUUACCUACUUAUCAAAUCAUUAGCUUUAAUGUAUAAUAUAAUAAAAUGAUAGAUUUUUCAUGUAAUUUAUUUAAACUUUUUUUUUCGUCUGGUGUGUUGAGAUUUUUCUAACAUGCUGAGCAUUAAACGGAAAAAUAUUCUCAGCUGGUAAUGUCUUGUUGACGAACUGUCCGAACCUUUGCUUUAUUUAUGAUUUUUAAUAUCCCUAUUUUUUUAUUCAAUGAAUUCCCAAAAAAUAUAUAAUCAUCAAACAUAUAAAUUAAGUUUAACACCGUAGUUACAGUUAUAGUUGUAUUUUACUCGAAAUCUUAAACGAGCAAGGGUUGGGUCUUGCGCGAGAUGGAUUAUGUAACGAGGCAGGAUUGAUUGAAAUAAUGAAUUUACCAAUAAUUGUGUAUAUUUUAUUUUUAUACAUGAUGGUAAACUUUGCAUGGAGGCUGAGAACUAUGUGUUUGAGUGAAUAUAUCACUGGAAAUAACGGAUGUGGAGCUAGGAGGUCCCUUGCCUGUGAAAAUGGGCAUUAUUUUAAUGCAAAGUAUAGAGGUUGUAACAUUUUGUAUCAGUACAGAGCCGUCGCUCGGCGCCCGAAGGCCGCGAGGGCUCUGCACACCGAGUUUCUUUUAAAUUGAAUGGUGUGAGUUCAACCUGCCCCUCUAUUGGUCGCACUGUUCAACUUAGAAAAGACUAAUUUGAAUAAAGGAAUGGAGUUUCAACCAAGACCUACUAAAUAAAACUAUAAUGUCCGACCAUCGAGACAUCGGAGUUCACGUAUUAUAAUUUAUGUUUAGUUAGUCUUGGUUUUACUAUUUAUAUCGAUAAACUGUUGUAAUCGUAGAGAAUAAUGUCACUGACGUAGAAACUUACACUGUACAUUUCACUUGCCUAGAUCUAAAAACUUGUUGAAAGAUACCUACAUUGUGAAAAUGUGAAAAUAAACGUUUUCUUUGUUUUGCUAGUAUUGAAUUUGCUAAUAACUACAAUAAAAUUGGUGUUGCUUAUAUAUAAA